AAAGCUCUAAGCCAUCCGAAAUUUGACCUGUCGGGCACUGAUUCCCUGGAGACCCUUCUGAUGCUCGUCAAUGUUGCGGUGAACCCUGAGACUGAGCCAACCGGUACUCGGACAUGACCGACAAAUAUCUGUGGUUUUUGGUGCCGCUGACGACCAGCUCAGUAACCGACGUUAGGAUCAACUGCACGGCUGCAUACUGUCUCCUCCUGGAGCAGGCGAUGUCCAGCAAAAGAAUGCAAAGCCUGACUGCUAGUGAACUGAACGACCUAACCCUGAUGUAUACCUUUGAACCGAUUAUUCUGAGCGGCCGCGAUUUUACCACCGCCAUCAAUUCCUCGGUGCUAAAGGUGCUGCUUAACGCUGCCCCUGAUGUCGAGUUCGGCGACACCGUACACCAACAACUGUCGACAAUCCUGAUGGCAGACGGAUCAGCCAGUGCCAAAGCCGAUCAGGAAAUCGUUAUGAAGAUUUUGUGCACACAGGUGAUGUCACAGACGAUGAGGCGCGGACUGCCGGCUUACUGCUUGAACGCUGUGGAAAAUGUGCUCCUAAACGGCAGUGAGAAUUUCGAGCUGUGUGCCAACAUCUUAACCGUGGUUUUGCAAAAGUUUCGCCAAUCCGUAAAUCCUGCGGUGUUGGAUGCUGUGCAGCAACGCUUCGAUACAGAACCACGCUUCGAACGAAUAUGUUUCUUGUUGACCUUUGCAGCGAUCUGUAUUCAAGAUAUUCAGCAGUACCUUUUCCAGAAGUUCGAUCUGGAAUUUGCGUCCGCACGGUUGUUGGCAAGUUACUAUUCAACCCCGACUCUCGGUCUUGACGAACCGCUGAGUCAAAGAACAAAGAACUGUUUGUUCGAACAUCUGAAACGCUGUUUCCAGCAAGGAGCAAAAAUGUCCAUGUUGAACAAGAAGCUGUUUGAGUCGUGCGUUAGACAGCGAAUCAAUGUGCAGAGUGUCCUGGAAUGUUUGCUGUUGGUUUGUGAAAACGGGCAGAUUCUCCCGCGUGGUAUAAUUGACGGUAUAUUUGGCAGAGAUGCGGAGGAACCACAGGUGCAAGGUUCCUUGCUCCGUUUGGCUUCAGCCAUCGUCCAAAAUAAUCAACCAGUGCCGAAAGGCUUCACCCAAGUAAUUGUAGCGAACGUCUGCUCGGGAGAGUUUCCCGAUUUGUUCCGAAAUCCGGAGAACUGUGCGAAGCUCAGUAUCGUUACGAAACUGAUGCACAACAAUUUCGAGGUCCCAGAAAUUAGUGAUGUUACUGCUAAGCUCUGUGAUGGCUGGAGAAAGGAAAGCGGCGGUAAUCAUCGUCAGAGACUUGAUAUCCUUUCGGCGCUUUCGGGUCAGGUCAGCUCUGUGUCCGUCGCGAGGGACUUGGACCCGCAAAAACUGAAGACGGUCUUCGUGGAUGCCAUGAGCUUGGAAAACGCCCAGAUGAUCGAAACUGCGCUGAACGGUUUCAUCGUUCUAUGCCAUCGAAGUGGCGCUGCGGAAGCGGCGUUGUGCGACGAUAGCGAUUUCAAGCUGUUAAUGAAGCUGCAGCAAUCUGCUGCGUCCAGCAAGACGGUAAAGGAAGCGGUUUCGGAGUUCUUAGCAUCAAUGCACCACGUGUUGCCGGCGCGAGUAAAGGCCAGUCUCAAUCUGGCGCACCUUGAGAACAAGACCAACACGGAAGUCAUCGCAGAUUUGCCGAUGCUUUGUAAACUGGACGACUUUGAAUUUUUCGAAUCGCAGCAGUGCCAAGUUCGACUGCAGAAAAUCCUGGAAGGCGAUAAUGAUCCGCAAGUUUUACUAGCAACACUCGGCAUCAUUGCGAGCUAUCCGCGAAUACAUCGUUUGCCCGAGAAAACGCUGGAAGCAGUAGGAUUUACCCAGCUCAGCACUACGAAUGCCGAAGUUGCCGGCAGAUGCCAGAUGGUGAUAGCGACUGGACUGGAAAAGGGAAUUCAGCUAAGUGAAAAGCUGAAGGCAUACAUCUCAUCUGACCAGCAACAUUCCAUUCAGAACAGCCAAAAUGAAACCGGCAGCCUGGACAGAGUUCGCCAGUUAUGCGAGCAGUUAACUAAGGAAAAGACCGCAGAAGCAGUGAUGAAUGUACAGAACCAAAUUAGGCAGUUUGAGCUGGGUGAGAUAGUGCUAACAAGGUUGUGGCAAAGCGAUGUGACCCAGUCACCAGCUUUUCCCGAAUUUCUAGCUAACAAUAUCCCAUCGGCUGCGAUACUGAAGGCUCUUGGUGCAAACCGCCAACUGCGAACGAAAACUAUAGAAAUUUUUUGUCACGAAAUUCGCACUCGAAGAGAGACAGUCGCCGAUGCAUUGCUGGAGGCAUUGACAACCGUACUUUCCAUGCACGAUGAAGCAGCAACAACCACUCCUGAAGAAUUUAUCGGAGUUUUCCUCAACUCUUUCGCCGAUGACGCACCCUCGGUAACCAGAAUAAUACGCAUUCUGCAGUGUCUGGUCGCGCUGAUAAAAUUGGCGGGCAGCAGCAAGCAGUUGUCAGUCCAGCCCAAAGUCUUGCAGUUUCUGCUUCUACUGCUGCAGCAUCCAUUAUGUUUUGUACGAAGACAGUGUGUACUUGCGCUGAGAACGUUUGAUUCAGUUAUGCCGGCCGGUAACCCAGAAACCAUUACUGCCAUUACCGGUUUAUUAGCACAGCGCAACAUUCAUUUUGACCCAAUCGCGGCCAACGCCUUUCAGCAGAUUUUUCCCGACAACGAGUCAGCUCAACAGUUAAAGCUGGACACCAAAUUCAAUCGCGAUUUCGCUGGAUUUCUGUUAGGUUUAACGGGCUGGGAUUUUGAUAUCAUCAAGCCGGUCCGAUCUGAUCGAGAAAAAUGGCGGCAACUAAUGCUCGUAUCCGAUUUCGUGCUAAACUUUGCGGAUUCCAUCAAUUCGGCUGUUGAACUACAUAAUUACGUGAAGAUUAUAGCGCAGAAGUUUCGCGGUGACGAAGAACGUGAGGAAUUUUUCGAUUAUUUGACAGUGGCAUGUCUAACUUCCUCAGCGCUAAAGCUCCCGGAAACGCUUUCUGCAUUAAAAACACUGGAUAUGUCAGAGUUAACAGACCUGCUCCGCAUGAGCAGCGAGAACUUUGAGCGACAGCUAGCCGAACGGGUGAUUUUGAAGCUAUUGCCGGAAAAAGUGAUUUUUACCAAAUCUCCGCAGGUUCUCAGCUUAUUGGCGCAGCAACUCAUAUCCACAUUUGGAAUUGAUUUGGCCACAACGAUCUGCACAGCCUGCGAACAAAUUGAGCACAUGCAAGAAUUCACAGGGUUCAUUGAUUACUUUGAGGGCACCACAAUCAAGGACUGGACAGGUGGAAAAUAUCGGUUCGGACAACAAACGUUUAAGGCAGGACGGCUGCACAAGGUCGCUGCGCAGCUGGGAACCGCCUUCGUUAUGCAGGGCAUUCCGGAAAAAAUUCUUCAUCGACAGAGAAUGGAACGCGUGAUUACGGAACUCUUGAAAAAUGGAGUACAACUUCGCAGUCUGCUGCAGCUUGUCGCGGUGUGCACAACAGCUUCGCCCGCCCUGAAAUCGUUCGAACAUGCUAUCGGCCAAGCGUACCAAUACCGAUUAACGGGCGCGUCGUUCACCGCGUUUGCCAAUGCAGUUUCAUUGGCCAAAUCCGAAUCCGAGAUUGUUUCAACCGUGAAUAAAUUUACCCGUGAGAAUGUUUUCGACGGCAAAUACGGCGUGAAACAGGCAGCGCAGAUCGUCAAUGAAUUUCGCCGCGACAACACGCGCGUGUCGUAUAAAUGGAGCUGUCUACGAGAGCGUUUCGUCAAAGCUGGAUAUGAGUGGGAGAUUCUGCAGUUACAGAUUUUCCGUAUUUUCAACGCCGAUUUUCGCAGCCGUGUUUACAAGUCAGACACACUGGUGAACACGUGGACUGAUACGGACAUAAGCCAAUGGGCGCUGCAAGCUUUUGCCAGGAAAAAUGAUUACCGGCCAGCGGAGUUCGUAGCGGAGGCCUUAGCUAUCGCGCGACUGGCGAUGGAGAAAUUUAAAAAUUUCGUUCUGACAAAAGUGCAGAUUCUGAGCUGUCUGGUCGCUCUGGACAAAUUGAAGAAAGACACAAGCAAAGGCCAGCUGCAGCAAGUAGCCACAGGCUCCGGUAAAUCCGCCAUCGUGGCGGUGCUAGCGGCAGUCAAGGCUUUGGAAGGUCACACCGUGGACAUUUACACCAGUAGUCCGGUGCUGGCGGAAAGAGAUGCGCAAGAAUGGGCACCGUUCUAUCAGAUGUUCGGGCUGACAUGCGGCCACAACGGCGAUAAAGGCGUAUAUGUUGCCAAGAAAAAGCCGUGCUACGAUCAGCAAAUCGUGUACGGAGAAUGCGCACAGUUUCAGUUUGAUUAUCUGCGGGACAAGUACAGCGGACUGGGCACCCUGGGUGGUCGCAAAACGGACUUCGCUAUCGUCGACGAAGUGGAUUCCGCUCUGAUUGAUGACAGCGCUAAACUUGCGCGUCUGUCAACCACUCUGCCGGGCAUGGACACUCUGCACGUUUUGUACUGCCUCAUUUGGGAUCGCUUGUCGCACAUCCAGUCACACCUGUUCUCCAUCCGGGAGCGACAGUUCUACCUGGAAGGCCGAAUCACAGCGGACGAAUCCAUUGGCACGUUCGUGUACGAGUUCGCAAACCCGCAAGACGAACUGCUGACAAUUCGCGACCUCAUAAGAUUUAUUUUGGAAGCCACAAAUGUCGAUUUGGAAACAGCACGGAUCUUUGCAGUGGACAACCUUGAGGAGUUUGUCAAGAACCACAUGAAAACAUACAUUAAUUCCGUACUGGAAUCCGAUAAGCUCGAUCUGCAGUUCCCGGUCCACAUUAAGGACUUUGCGCAGAACCAAAUUCCGCUGUGGGUUGACAGUGCACUCGCCGCAGUGAAAUACCAGGAGAACGUCCACUACAUCGUCGAUGAAGGCCAGAUCAAACCGGUGGACUAUCUGACCACCGGCGUAGUGCAGUCCAGCACCAACUGGAACAACGGUCUGCACCAGUUCCUUCAGCUGAAGCACUCGUUAAAGGUCAACUCGGAAACCGUGACGACCAACUUCUUAUCAAACUACUCCAUGUUCAAUAAGUACGGCACCAACAUUAUCGGCUUCACGGGGACACUGGGAUCCAGCUAUGAACGGGAGAUCAUGUACAACAUCUACCACGUCAAACUGCUCGUUCUACCGGAAACGUACUUCAAACGGUACAUCCAGUUUCCUGAUGUCUGCGUGGAAACUGAGGAACAGUGGUUGAAAGAAAUUCUCAUUACGGCCAUGGCGGAAACGUCGAAAAAGCGAGGGGUGUUGGUGAUUUGCGAAACCAUCAAAACGGCUCAUCUGAUUGCAUCCGUUUUUUCCGGUUAUAAGGUCAAAGUUAAACUCUACACAAAAAAUCAAGAAGGACAAGAAAAGCACAUCGAACGGCUUCAUCCUGGUGACGUGGUUGUCGCGACCAAUCUGGCUGGGCGCGGUACCGAUCUCAAGACGACAGAGAUCGAAGAAUACGGUGGACUGCACGUGUGCCUCACGUUUCUACCGUGCAGUCAGAGGACGGAAGAGCAAGCGUUCGGUCGAACAUCGCGUCAAGGCAACAAAGGCACGGGACAGCUGAUUAUCAUUGGUGACCCACGUUCCGAUUAUAAACACCAGCGCGACCUUGAAGAAAAACGAACGUUAGAGGAUUUCCGAGACAGGGAACUGGCACAUAUCCAGAUGAAAGGUGAACUUUUCGAGAACUUCUGUGAGUACUACAACAUGGUUCGUCAUGAACUGCAAAUCCAGUGCAUUUUCUUGAAAAACAUAAGCGACCAAAUUAAAGAUACGGCGCAGUUGUGCUUUGGUGUCGGAAGUAGGAGCUCUCCCUCGCUGAUCGAAACCGUCACGCUGUUGUCCGUAGAGGAACAGUGGGCGAAAUUUCUUAUGCUGGUUGACCGUGAGAAGCUCAACAGCGAACAAGCACGCGCAAAAUUCCAUACUUUCAAGACGACGCUGGAGAAAGUUGGGAAUAACCAAGAACUGAUCAAAGCCUCUCAUAACGCCUUCUACUUUGUGCAGUUAGGCAAUUUCCAUUACCUCAAUGAAAAGUACGCUGACGCUACGGAAUAUCAUAAAAUCGCAGUCCAAAUGGAUCCGCUAUGUUCUGUCGGUGCCAAAAUGGGCCUUGCCGCAGCCUCGCUGAAACAACGCAAAUCAUCGAAUUACAAGAGCGAAGCAAUUGAAGAAUUUAAUGGCGUCCUCAGUCUGCUGUACAAAGAAAUGUCCACAAUUAACAUGAUGCAGGCUUUGUCGCAAAGGCAGCUUCCUCCGGGAUCGGACUCUGACACACCGCUUUUCCAACAGCUUAUACAGAAAGCCAACCUUCUGGGCUAUUUUAUCAACAUUAUUCAAGCCAAUAUCGACGCAACGGAAAGGUCACUGCGAAAAGUCAACCUGGAAUACGAGGCGAAGUCAAACAGAUACAUGAUGCGUUUGUCAAACGAUCUUCUUCUAAAGGAAUCACAAGAACGCCAUCUCGAUGACAAGAUAAAAUCCUUCGAGAAGUUUAGUUUAACCUUCCAUGACCAAACGGUUUAUAGCGAUUGUGGCGAUAACGACCAAGCGGUACAGACGCUUCCGGGGACGGAUAUUUCACAACUUAUGCGAUCGCUGCCGGGAACGGCUUCUUCGCUGCUUAAGGGAUCGCUCACAGAAACGACUGCUUCACUACUUAAGGGUUCUCUCCCGGGGACAGCUGCGUCGCAGCUAAAGCGAUCGUUAAAAGUGUCCUUGCACUGCGAGUCCGCCGACAUCUCAAGUCUGCUCGACGACUCCAAGCUGGAUUUGUUCAAGAAAGUUCCCGAAGUUAGCGUUGGAGUUCUUAAAAUGCAUCGCGAUUUUGAAAAAGAAGGAAAGUUACCCUUCCGGUUCAACAAGAUCGAGAAGGUCUGUGUUACCAGUUUCGAUAUAGAAUUCUCCGGUGCAUCAGAAACCCUGGCAGCUGUUGCAGAAAAUUUAAUUACCAAUUCGACAGCCUUCCAGCAUGGAAAUAUCAUUGUCGCAUGGGCUGACCCUGAAAAUGACCAUCUGCUGAUCAGCAAAAUCCUUCCAUCUGGAAUGAGUGAACGAGACAAGCUGGACAUCAUCAAGCAAAGGAAUGGCAACUGGGCCGUGGUUCAAGUGACAGGCUUGGCCCGGGAAGCAGAAGUGCAUGGUGCCAUUGAAGCACUGGGAAAGGAGUACCAUCAUGCUGCGGCCCAAUUGAACAUCGACCUGACAUUACGGGGACUAAAGGAGAAAACGGACCAGCAGGAGAGCGAACCGUUCAAAGAAGUUCUUAAAGCAGCAUGGAACAAGGAGAUUGCCAACUACAAGACGAAUCUUAUACUCUCCGAAAUGUCGACAGAUAACGCAAAGGACGUGAUAAAAGCCCUUCGAAAGCACAACAUCAAAUUUACGAUGCGAUUGUAUAAUCUGAACUGGGAUGAUGCUAACACAGUUCUGAAACGCGCCGAGAUUACGCAAGAAGCAAUAAGCCAGACCAAAGUGCAAGAACUGCCCGACAUGUUCACGCAGACCCACGUGCCGCUGCAGGAAAUACGCGAACUGAGCGCCCGCGGCAUCGUCCUCCUCGUGUCGUUCAAUGAGAAGCAGUUUAUUCCAUGGAUCAGUUUAUGCAGUAUCUGCGCACUAGCUUCCGUGCAAGCACUGGCCGGUGGUGUCCUAAUCGUAACUGGCUUUGGCGCCAGCGUAGGAAUGGCGCUUGUAACAGAAGCGAUGUCGGAUCUUACAACAAUUCACAGAAUGUGCUCUAGUCGUCAUUUUAGCUGGAGCGAUUAUGCUACGCAAAAAGCUGUAAGUUUAUUGAUCUCGGCAACUACAUUGGGUUUGAACAGUCUGCGAAACAGCUGCAAAGGAGCAAAGUUUCUUGUCACCGGCACAGCAGCCAGCGCUCUGGAAGCAGCAGCCGCGGAAACUGCCAUUAUUCAAACUACCGCGCCAACCUGAAGAUCCUGGCAGUCAAGCACAUCGCUGUGCGGACUGCCGAGACCGGCGGCCGUAUCGGCCUGAAGAUUCUUAAUGACAAACUGUCUGGAUUCUGUUUCGAAAAAAUUCGCGGCCCAAUCGAAAAGGA